GUCCGUUGUUAUUAAAUAAUGUUCGUGCAAUAUGUAAUUGUGAUUGUCAUCCUGUUGUUGAUAGUGGAUCGAUGGAAGCCAAAGAAAAUGUUGAUAUUACAUCAGCAACUUGGAAAUGAUUGGGCGUAUUAUCCUAUUAUCGGAAAUGCAUUUUCUUUUAUAGGAAAUAAUGAAGAUUUGAUGACUGCGUUUAUUAAAACAUCGACCCAGGGUUUAAAAAGAAAGUAUAAUGCGAUAAGUUUUUGGUUGGGUCACAUUUUUUUUGUUGGGAUUUCAGAUCCAGAUCUAGCUAUUGUAGUAUUAAAGUCAACAUUGGAUAAAAACUUUGUCCACAAAUUAACAAAGCAUCUCAGCGGUAACGGAUUAGUAUUCGCGCCUGUUGAUAUUUGGCACCGAAGACGCAAAAUUCUAGCGCCAACUUUCGCUUCAAGAUAUGUCAGCAAAUUUGUGACAGUUUUUGAAACACAUGCUAAGAUUAUAGCUGAAGAACUCGAGUCGCAUGUCGGAAAAGGAAAUGUUUCAUGUUUGGAUUAUGUUACCCGAUAUGCAUUGGAUUCUAUUUGUGAGACCGAGUUUGGCAUGAACAUGGAUAUGCAGCGGCAACCAGAUCAUCCAUUCUUCAAUGCUUUUGUAGAAUACUUAAAAAAUAUAGCUGCUCGCUUAUGCCUUCCUUGGUUACAAAUCGAUGCCAUUUACAAAUUAUUACCCGUGUAUUCCAGACAAGAGGCUACGAAGAAAAUAAUUUAUGAGUUCAUCGAUAAUCUUAUUUACAAAAAGAAAGCACUGAUUAAAGAAAGAGAUGGAAUUGAAGCCAAAGCUGAUUACCUUGUUGGUAAAACCAACCCUAAUAUUACGUCAUUCUUAGAGUUAAUGAUAGAAAAUUCUAAGAAUACCGAUAAGGCGUAUUCUCAUGAAGAACUACGCGAAGAGACUCUUGUACUUGCGUUAGCGGGUACUGACACAUCAUCAAUUGGGAUUUGCUUUACAAUUUUAUUACUGUCCCAACAUUCAGAUAUACAAGAAAGAGUUUACAAUGAAAUUCAAGAAUUUUUAAGCAAUUCAGAUAAACCUCUUCAGAUGGAAGACCUGCUCAAAUUAAAAUAUACCAAAGCAGUUAUAAACGAAACACUGCGACUCUAUCCACCAGUACCCUUUAUUACAAGGUGUUGUAAGGAAGAUUUAAUACUACCUAAUGGUAUCGUUAUACCCAAAGAUAGUAAUGUAGUUGUAAGUAUCUGGGGCUUACACCGCAAUCCUCAGCACUGGGGUGACGAUGUGGAUGAUUUCAAUCCUGAUCGUUUUAUGUCUGGACAAAUACCAAACGCUUUUAUGCCAUUUAGCCAUGGUCCACGGAACUGUGUUGGAUAUAAAUAUGCGAUGCUGUCGUUAACGACAACAUUGGUGACACUUUUACGAAAAUACCGCUUCACUCCAGCCACAAAUUUCAAGUACGACAAAAACAAUCCACUUCGACUUUCCUUUGCCAUUAUGAUGAAGCACGUCGAUGGUUUUACCGUUCAAAUGGAAUAUCGUGAAUAAAUAAAUAUAGAACAAUCAAAGUUUUACUUAUCC